CUUACUGGUCCUGACGUCCCGCGGCCACCUUCAUUCAGACAUUUGGGGCGCAUGCCCUGGAGCCGCGCCCGGGUCAGGGAGGGAGGGGCGUGACUCUGUCCGCUUGGCUGCGGAUCUUCCCGGGCGCACCUACCGAGGCACACUUUGAGCAACCUGGCCGGGACGCACGAGGGCACCCUCCGGCCUCGCCGCUGCGUCCAUCUGAAGCACACACCUGGAGCGCUCUGCACAGCUGUGGCUCAGCCCAGGCGCGCGCACUGGUGGGAGCUACUCCGGCCUUGGUGAAGUCUGCGGCCUGAGCCCUUGCAAGGCUGGCCGCCGGCGGGGUCCCUAGAUGAGCAGCUGGGCUGGGCAGGCCCAGGGCCCGGCGGCCUGAGUGGGAAGCCAGGCGCAGCCAUUGCAGGACUGUUCGCGUCCAUUCCUCUGUACUCCCAAAUGUUCCUGGGCGGAACACAUGUUGGGGCUACCCAAGAAGCUACCACAGCACUGGAGGCUGUGACAAGUGCUCACUACUCCGUGUGGGACUAGCCUUGAUUCCUAGGGAGAGGCUCCUCCUCGGUGGUAUCCUGCAUCAGCUCUCUCUUCAGUUUUUCUUCAAAUGCUGUUUCAUCUCAGUGAGCUGUACGAUGCCCUAUAUUUUCUAGCCAUGUUUCUCAUGAUAGUAUAUAAAAGUCAGGUUUUCAGCUAUCCUCACGACCGUUUGGGCCUUGACCUGACGAUGCUGUCCCUGAUGGGGGUUCUGGAGGCAGCGAGACUAUAUCUGGGCACGAAGGGCAACCUGACGGAGGCCGAGGUGCCACUGGCUGCUAGCCUGGCCCUCACAGCGGGCAGCGGGCUGCUUUCUGUCCACUUCCUGCUCUGGCAGACCCUGGUGCUGUGGGCAGACUGGGUCCUUAGCACCACACGUCUGGUGCUGCACUGCCUGGAAGCUGUUCUGCAGGUGAUGGCAAUUGCAGCCCUCAUCAGAUAGACCCAGCCUGCAGGGACCCUCCCAGCCCCUCACUGUCCCACCAGUGUGCCACACAUGGGUGCUUUAUCUCUGUGGGAGGAAGGAACUAGGACAGCACAGCUUGGGGGGGGGCUCCUCAGACCCUGUAAUGGUCACCACUGACCACCAGGACCCCAGGAGGACAGCCCGUCAGAUGUGAGGCUGCCAUGGGCAGCUCAGUGGUUCUGCCAUGUCCCUGACCCUAAAGGACAGGCCCUCGUGUUUCCAUACCCAUCCCUAGGCAAGGCAGCCACCCAUGCAUCCCCUGUUCUCACACAGUGGCCUGGCCAUACCCAAUGCUCCUGUGCUGGCCUCAUCAAUGUCCUGAGACCUGUUGUGCUCUGUCGCUGAGCCUGGGCACCCCAUGGAACACUCUACAGGCUGCUGUGUGUUGGCAGCUGUGUGAUCCCCUCCUUCCCUGAGGGUGUAAGGGCCAGGGUGGAUGGGAAAUGGUUUCUGUGUGAGGUCUCUGAGCCGUGCAGCUCUAAAGGAACUGUGCUUGCUGCUGAGGAAACUUCAUCUCACGCGUGCCUUGUGUCUGGCCUCAGACUCCAUGUAAGUGCUGCACCAGUGUGGCGGUGCAUGCAUGUAAGCCCAGCCAUCUGCAAGGCUAAGGCAGGAAGAUCACAAAUUCCAUCCCAGCCUGGGCGAUUUAGCCACCUAAUAAUUUAAUCUCAAAAUUUAAAAAGGGGACAUAGCUCAUUGCUCUUUGAGCUCAUUCUCCUGUAUUAGAAAAAAAAGAUACUGAUUUUUGUUGAAGGUUUCCUUCAUUAGUUGUGUAUUUUCUGUGAUUGGAAUAGCAUUGUGUUCAAACUUCUACUUUUCACCAUGUUUUUCAAUAAAUAAAUGUUUAUAUCUUCA